AUGUUAAGAGCUACUACUAAGAAUACUGUUCGUCUUGCUUCGAGAUCAUUGAGAAUUGCUGCUGCUUCAUCAUCAUUUACAGUUGCUAGAAAGCCAAUCUUAACCCAACAGGUAAGAUUAGCAUCUCAAUUUGCUCAUUCUAAAGUUCCACCAAAUUUAACCAACGAAGCUGUGAAGGACUUUUCUUUCAAAGAUCAAAAGGAAUGGGAUUUAUUACGUGCUUCAAUUACCAAAUUUACCGACGAAGCUACUGAAAUUCCUUUAGUUAUUGGUGGUAAGAAAAUAUUCAGAACUGAUACCAAAACUCAAGUCAAUCCAGCUAAGCAUUCUCAAGUUUUAGCUAAUAUCUCACAAGCUACUCAAGAAGAUGUUUUAUCAGCAAUUGAAGCUGCCAAAUCAGCUAAAGCAAAAUGGGCUUCUAUGCCAUGGACUGAUAGAGCUGCUAUUUUCUUAAAGGCAGCUGAUUUGAUUUCCACUAAAUAUAGAUAUGAUUUACUCGCUGCCACUAUGUUAGGCCAAGGUAAGAACGUGUAUCAAGCUGAAAUUGAUUCUAUUGCUGAAUUAAUUGAUUUUUUCAAGUACAAUGCCAAAUACGCCGAAGAAUUAUACCAACAACAGCCAGUUGCUACCAGUCCAGGUGUUUGGAACCGUGCUGAAUACAGACCAUUAGAAGGUUUCGUUUAUGCCGUUACUCCAUUCAACUUCACCGCAAUUGCCGCCAAUUUAUUUGGUGCUCCAGCUUUAAUGGGUAAUACUGUUGUUUGGAAACCUUCUGCCACUGCUGCUUUAUCUAAUUAUGUUUUGCUCUCUAUUUUAGAAGAAGCUGGAUUACCUGCCGGUGUCGUCAACUUCAUACCUGGUGAUCCAGUUGAAGUUACUGAUAUUGUUUUAGCUGAUAAAGAAUUUGCAGCAUUACACUUCACAGGAUCAACUCAAGUUUUCAAGAAUUUAUAUGCUAAGAUCUCUAAUAAUGUUGCUGCUGAUGUGUACAGAGACUAUCCAAGAAUCGUUGGUGAAACUGGUGGUAAGAACUUCCACUUAAUACAUUCAAGUGCUUCUUUAGACCAUGCUGUUUUAUCUUCAGUUAGAGGUGCUUUCGAAUACCAAGGACAAAAAUGUUCUGCUUUGUCAAGAUUAUAUGUUCCUGAAUCAAUCUGGCCAGAAUUCAAACAAAAAUUCGUAGAAACAACUACUCAAAUUCAAAUCGGCAAUACAUCUGCUCCAGAAAGCUUAAAUGCUUUUAUGGGACCAGUCAUCCAUGAACAAUCAUAUAACAAAUUAUCAGCUGCUUUAGAACAAGCUAAAUCAGAUCCUGAAUUAGAAGUAAUUGUUGGUGGAUCUCACGAUAACUCAAGCGGUUUCUUCAUUCAACCAACUUUAAUUCAAACCACUAAUCCAAACCAUGAAUUUUUAUCUAAAGAAUUCUUCGGUCCAAUUUUAACUGUUUACGUUUAUCCAGAUUCAGAAUAUAGUGAAAUCAUUAAGAGCAUUGACUCUGUUACCCAAUAUGGUUUAACUGGUUCAAUCUUUGCUAGAGAUCGUGAAGCUGUUAGACUUGCAGAAGAAAACUUAAGAUAUGCUGCUGGUAAUUUCUAUAUCAAUGAUAAAUCAACUGGUGCUGUUGUUGGUCAACAAUGGUUCGGAGGUGCUAGAGCUUCCGGUACCAAUGAUAAAGCUGGUAGUGGUAAUAUUUUAAACAGAUUCGUUUCUGUUAGAAAUAUCAAGGAAAACUUUUACGAACUUACCGACUUUAAAUACCCAUCCAAUUAUCAUUAA